AUGAAUUUAUUUUGUUUAAAAUUGUUAAUUAUAUUAAUUUUGUUCCUAAAAAGUGCACUAAGUGAAGUAAUUAAUGAAUUUAAUGACGGAAUUGUGGAUAUAGAUCUACCAAAAAAUCAUUUGUCACAGUAUUUUAAUAAUUUACGGCGAUUUACCAAAAAGUUGAAUGAGACAUCACAUGGAUUUUAUAAAGACUACCUCAGCAGUGAAGAAUAUGACCGUGAAUUAUGCUGGGGAUAUGAAUAUGGAUGUAAAAAGCCACAAUUUAUUCACAAAUGUCCAGGAAAUCAUUCAGGAUAUGUAAAGGACAAAGAAACUCAACUGGAUGUUUUCUAUUCGCAAGCUGAUUUUGGCUAUGUUAAGCAACAACUCAGGGAACUUAAAGUCUAUUGUGAGCCGUACACAAUUACUGAUUCAUCAUUAGAAUGCAGUGAAAAUGUUAGAUUCUGUCGUGGGCGGAAUCUCAUGAUUAAUUUUACAGAUUUGGUAAAACGAGAAGAACCGUUUCGAUGGGAUGUGAAUGUGCUUAAAGCCGGCGAAAUUGGCGGUUAUUGUAAAUUUCACAAAGACAAAUUUGAAGAGGAAUUAGAUCAUUUAGGUGCUCUUCAGUCGUGGGCAGCUGAAUUAAGGAACUAUGAAUCUCUCGAGAAGCGUCCUAUUGAAGAUGAUUUGUGUGACGUUGUGGUUGAAAAACCUACUUAUCUUAUGAAGCUAGACUCAACAAUUAAUUUGUAUCAUCAUUUCUGUGAUUUUUUCAAUCUUUAUGUCUCGCAGCAUGUCAAUUUUACUCAUGAAAGUGGAUUUACUACGGAUGUUAAUAUAUUAAUUUGGGAAACACAUCCAUAUUGGUCGCAAUUUGCUGACACGUUUAAAGCAUUUACCGAAAAUGAAUUAUGGAACUUGAAUAAGUUUAAAGGCAAGGUCGUGUGCUUUAAGAAUUUGGUGUUUUCUUUGCCACCGAGGAUGAUCUUUGGACUGUAUUAUAAUACUCCUUUGAUCAACGGCUGCGAAAACAGUGCACUUUUCCAUGCAUUCUCAGAGCACUUAAUGCAUCGCCUUCAAAUAAAACAGCACGAGCCAAAAAAUAGAAAAGUUCGCAUUACUUUCCUAUCACGCAACACAAAAUAUCGGAAUGUAUUAAACGAAAAGGAUUUAAUCAAGCGAAUCUCAUCAAAUAGUAAUUAUGAAGUUAAACGUGUCGUAUACGAUAGAAACAUAAAGUUUCUUGAUCAAAUGGAAAUAACAAAGAAUACUGACGUUUUUAUUGGCAUUCAUGGAGCUGGCUUAACACACUUGCUGUUCCUUCCAAACUGGGCAACUCUCUUCGAACUUCAUAAUUGCGGAGAUCCAAAUUGCUAUCAUGAUCUUGCAAGAUUACGAGGAAUCAACUACAUGACGUGGGAAGAUGAAAACUUCGUAGAAUCAAUCGAGGCUGGUUACGAGGAUGAGUCACAUGAAAAGUUUAAAAACUACAAUUUCGAUCCUGAUGAAUUCGGUCGAUUGGUUGCAAAAGCUGUUAAGGCUGUAAGGAAUCAUGAAGAUUAUAGAAAUUACAUAAAGAGACUUGAACACGACGAGCUUUAA